CAUCCCCAACGUCCCCAACGAACCCCGCCUUGAGCUGUGACCUCGUCUUCGUAUCACCGCAAUCACCAUGGCAUCCUUCACAAAGGCCUCUGACAAGUCCAAAGUCCUCAAGACGGAGCCGCUGGACUACCAGGAUGCCAGAUGGGCCACCCUCGUCAAAAUCACGUACACCGAUCCCGAGGGCGUCGAGCGCACAUGGGAAUCUGCCGAACGUCUCACCAGGCCCGCCGGGUCUGACAUUGACGGUGUUGGCAUUGCAGCGAUCCUUCAGGAUCCAGCAAAGCCGAAUGAAGAGCCUCGCAUCAUACUCCAGAAGCAAUGGCGACCGCCAGUCAACGCGACUGUGAUUGAGAUCCCUGCAGGCUUGAUUGACCCCAACGAGUCGCCAGAGACAUGCGCCCUGCGUGAGCUGAAGGAAGAGACCGGCUAUAUCGGGGAGGUAGUCAAGGACCGGAGUUUCGAUGUUAGCCCGGUAAUGUUCAAUGAUCCAGGCUUCUGUAAUACGAAUUUGCGCAUGAUUCACGUCACGGUCGACCUCUCGCGCCCCGAGAACCAGAAUCCGAAGCCUGAACUGGAAGAUAACGAGUUCAUUGAAACGUUCUCUGUUCCACUCAAGGAUCUCUGGGCGGAAUGCAUCAAGUUUGAGGAACAAGGCUAUGCUAUUGAUGCAAGGGUAGGAACUCUCGCCGAGGGCAUAGAGUUCGCUAAGCGGUGGAAACUGGGUUGAGCCGAGUUAUGGGUUAUGCUAAUUAUUCUCGCUUCAUCAUGGGAUAAAAGGUAUGUGCUCAUGAUGGCGGGGCAUUACUCGUUUCUUCCUUCGAGUUCACCAAAUGCGCUUCAGUCGAUCGACGAUCCUUUACACUAAGCUACUGAGCUACUGCCUCCAAUUAGAUCUACGAUUCCGGACUACCGCGCAAUUUCCCCAGAAAAUUACUUGCCCGCGACCCUGUCCAACCGGAUGACCCCGCGCCGUUCUAUACCCCGCAAAGGGGUAAGGUCUCUUGCACCACCAUGUUUAGCCUG